GGUGAGAAGGGUUUAAACUUAUUCCUGAGCUCAAAGAAAGGAGCGCCUAGACACACGCUACAAAAGGGAAAUAUCUCUUAAUAGUCAUUUGACAAACAUUUGUGCCAAAUAAUGACACUUAAGCUGCGUGAAGAAAUAUUUGGAUGAGCACACAGGAGAGUUUACUCUCUGAAUGCAUAUACGAAGGAAAACAAACAAACUUUAGUGCAUAAAUUAUUGCACUGAUAUGUAAGCAUGUUCUCAGGUGCUCAUUAUCGCAACACAUGGGAUGCAGUGUUUGCAGGACUCGCCUGAACUCGGGCAGAGCACUGUCCAGAGUGCCGCUGCCUUUUACCAUGCUCUUGCUUUUUAUCUAUCUUUUUCACUGCUUGAGUGGAUUUUGUCAAAUGGACUCGGCGCCAAAAAUUGCGGAACGACAAAAUCUGAUGAACCACAACGCACUGGGUGAAGCACACGCAUUGCGCGCGGAGCUCCGCUGGAACGGGACUGCGUCUGCUCACGUGAGCGCACUCUCGGAGUCGGCACACGGUGGCGGGGACAGUGGAAUCCCUGUUUCAAACACGUACGGAAGUAAGAAAUUUCCCCAGGCCAUAAUAAUUGGCGUGAAGAAAGGGGGCACCAGGGCGCUGCUGGAGUUUCUGCGCGUCCAUCCAGACGUGCGCGCUGUGGGCGCCGAGCCGCACUUCUUCGACAGAUUCUAUCACAAGGGUCUCGAGUGGUACAGGAACCUGAUGCCAAGGACCCUUGAUGGGCAGAUCACAAUGGAAAAGACCCCCAGCUACUUUGUCACCAAAGAAGCCCCUUCCCGUCUGUGUGCUUUGAACUGCGACACCAAACUCAUUGUGGUGGUGCGAGAUCCGGUGACCAGAGCUGUGUCCGAUUACACACAGACUCGGACCAAAAGCCCGGGACUUCAGUCCUUCCAGACAUUGGUGUUCAAAAACUCCAGUUUGGGAGUCAUUGAUACAUUAUGGAGUGCUGUGCGCAUUGGCAUGUACGCCCAGCACCUGGAGGACUGGCUCCGGCACUUCCCUCUCUCCAGCUUCUUGUUUGUAAGUGGGGAGAGACUAGUGAGCGAUCCAGCCGGUGAGGUGGGUCGUGUACAAGACUUCUUGGGUCUCAAGCGCAUUGUCAGCGACAAGCACUUCUACUUCAACCAGACUAAGGGCUUCCCGUGUCUGAAGAAGCCGGAGGGCAGCAGUAGGCCACGAUGCCUUGGAAAAUCUAAGGGUAGGACUCACCCUCACAUUCCAGCAGAUGUCCUUCAGAAACUUAGGGAGUUUUACAGGCCCUUCAACAAGAAGUUCUACCAGAUGAGUGGCCAUGAUUUUGGCUGGGACUGAACCUUUGCAAAUGGAGUUGGAUUAAAAAGACAACUUAACAAACACCAUUUGCACAUUUCAGAACAUUUAUUUCAUUCAGACAUUCUCUAUAAAGGAGGAAGUGAGACUUCAUAUAAUUUACGGCAGUCCUAGAUCAUCCCAUGCUAUUAGAAGGUUUAGUAAGUACUCAACAGGUUCAAAUAAGCUUAAUUAGGUCUUCUGGAUCCUAAUAUUAUGCAAUGCACAGUAUAGUGUAUAUCAUGCAUACUGAAAAGUGUUUCUUUCUAUUACCCUCUUUGUAAAAUGCAGUAUGAGGUAGAUUCAUUUAACCGAAAGUAGUUCCUGAAUGACAUACUGCAUAGACUAAUAUGUCAACACUGAAAUAUUUAUCAUUAAAAGACUUAAAAAAGGAUGAAAUGCCGUGGCUUAAAAGAGUCCAAAUGUUAUGCCAUGCACAGCACAAUUCAGUCACACCUAGUGAAUGAAAGUAGGGACUUUACAAUACAGAUAUUGUUUUCUGGACAGGUUAUCAUGUACUGUAUAUUUAUUUUUUUUAUAUGUAAAUAUAUUUAUCUAUUGCCAUUGUA